AUGUCGGGAUCAGUAUACAAGAACCUUGACAUGUUCAGCCGGUUGCGUGGAGACAAGGCUGCCGAGCGUGUGCAAUUGGUGACCACUAUGUGGGGCAAGGUGAAAGAUGAGAAUCUCGCAGAGAGCAGAGUGUUGCAACUGGAGAACUUCUGGAAGCCGAUACUUGACGCAGGGGCUCGCCAUGAACGAUUCUAUGACGAUUUCGAUUCCGCGUCAGAAAUUGGGAAAGCCCUCUACACGCAAUUCCGGAGGGUCUUGCAUGAACAAAAGGAAACAAUCAAACGGCUGCAGGAAGAAGCCAUCGCGCAGAAGGAUCCGGAGUUGAUGAAGCAGCUCGAGGCGGAGCUACGGCGCUUGGAAGCUGAACUGCAGAAGACGGAGGACGACAUGAAUAAACCGAAGAUCCCCUUCGGACGCUUAGCACGCUUCUUUUCUAAAAAGCCACCAUCCGUGAGUCCCCCGCUUGGUCGUUCCUCAUCAACACAGAACUCAUGCAGCUCCACAGCGUAA